AUGAAAGACCACGACCUUUGUUAUGCUGAAAGAGACCACGACCUUUGUUAUGCUGAAAGAGACCACGACCUUUACCACGACCUUUGUUAUGCUGAAAGAGACCAGGACUUUUGUCAUGUUGAAAGAGACCAGGACCUUUGUUAUGUUGAAAGAGACCACGACCUUUGUUAUGUUGAAAGAGACCAGGACCUUGGUUAUAUUGAAAGAGACCAUACCUACAGGGUCAUCUACCACGGCUAUUACAGUACCUACAAGCGCCUCUACCACGGCUAUAACAGUAUCUGCAAGGUCCUCUACCACGGCUAUAAUAGUACCUACAAGCGCCUCUACCACGGCUAUUACAGUACCUACAAGGUCCUCUACCACAGUUAUAUCAGUACCUACAAGCGCCUCUACCACGGUUAUAACAGUACCUACAAGGUCCUCUACCACGGUUAUAACAGAAAUUACAAGGUCCUCUACCGAAGUUAUACCAGUACCUACAAGCGCCUCUACAACGGCUAUAACAGUACCUACAUGGUCCUCUACCACGGUUACAACAGUACCUACGGGGUCCUCUACCACGGUUAUAACAGUACGUAUAAGCGCCUCUAUCACGGCUUUAACAGUACCUACAAGCGCCUCUACCACGGCUAUAACAGUACCUACAAGCGCCUCUACCACGGUUAUAACAGUACCUACAGGGUCCUCUACCGCGGCUAUAACAGUAACUACAACGUCCUCUACCACGGUUAUAACAGUACCUACAAGCGCCUCUACCACGGCUAUAACAGUACCUACAAGCGCCUCUACUACGGCUAUAACAGUACCUACAAGCGCCUCUACCACGGCUAUAACAGUACCUACAAGCGCCUCUGCCACAGCGAUUACAGUACCUACAAGCGCCUCUACCACAGUUAUAACAGUACCUACAAGCGCCUCUACCACGGCUAUAAUAGUACCUACAAGCGCCUCUACCACGGCUAUUACAGUACGUACCAGGUCCUCUACCACAGUUAUAUCAGUACCUACAUGCGCCUCUACCACAGUUAUAACAGUACCUACAGGGUCAUCUACCACGGCUAUUACAGUACCUUCAAGCGCCUCUACCACGGUUAUAACAGUACCUACAAGCGCCUCUACCACGGUUAUAACAGUACCUACAAGCGCCUCUAUCACGGCUAUCACAGUACCUACAAGGUACUCUACCACGGUUAUAACAGUACCUACAAGCGCCUCUACCACGGCUAUAACAGUACCUACAAGCGCCUCUACCACGGUUAUAUCAGUACCUACAAGCACCUCUACCACAGUUAA